UGCAGGAGGCGCCCGGCCCAGCGGAGCAGCCCUCGCCGGAACCGCCGUCGCUCCAGCCGCCGCCGUCGCUCCAGCCGCCGCCGCUGCCGCCGCCGCCGCCGCCGCCGCGCCCCAGCUCCGGCUCCCGCUCCCGCGCCCACUCGGUCGGCCAUGCCGCCCCGCCGCGCCUCGGCGCCCGGUGCGCAGCUGCUGCCCGCGUCGGCCCUGCUGCUCCUGCUGCUCGGCGCGGGGCCCCGCGGCGGCUGCCUGGCCACCCCGGUUCCCUCCGCGCCCCUGCCCGCGCUGGGGCCGUGCGCCGCGCAGCCCUGCCGGAACGGGGGCGUGUGCACCCCGGGCCCCGCGGGCGAGCCCGGCUACAGCUGCACCUGCCCCGCCGGGGUCUCCGGGGCCAACUGCCAGCUUGUUGCGGAUUCCUGUGCCAGCAGCCCUUGUCACCAUGGCAACUGCAGCAGCAGCAGCGAUGGCUACCUCUGCAUUUGCAAUGAAGGCUAUGAAGGUCCCAACUGUGAACAGGCGCUUCCCAGCCUCCCCGCCUCUGGCUGGACCGAGUCCAUGGUCCCCAGGCAGCUUCAGCCUGUCCCCACCACCCAGGAGCCUGACAUCAUCCUGCCCCGCUCUCAGGCGACCGUGACUCUGCCCACCUGGCAGCCCAAAACAGGGCAGAAAGUUGUAGAAAUGAAAUGGGAUCAAGUGGAGGUGGUCCCAGAUAUUGCCUGUGGGAAUGCCAGUUCUAACAGCUCUGCCGGUGGCCGCCUGGUAACCUUUGAGGUGCCACAGAACACAUCGGUCAAAAUUCGGCAAGAUGCUGCGGCCUCGCUGAUUCUGCUGUGGAAGGUCACGGCCACGGGAUUUCAGCAGUGCUCCCUCAUAGACGGACGGAGUGUGACUCUUCUCCAGGCGCCUGGGGGUCUGGUCCUCUUGGAAGAGAUGCUCGCCUUAGGGCACAAUCACUUCAUCGGUUUUGUGAAUGAUUCCAUUACUAAAUCCAUUGUGGCUUUGCGCUUAACUCUGGUGGUGAAGGCCAGCACCUGCGUGCCGGGGGAGAGCCAUGCAAAUAACUUGGAGUGUUCAGGAAAAGGAAAGUGCAGCACGAAGCCGUCAGAGGCAACUUUUUCCUGUAGCUGUGAUGAUCAGUAUGUGGGCACUUUCUGUGAAGAAUUUGAUGCUUGCCAGAGGGAGCCUUGCCAGAACAACGCCAGCUGCAUAGAUGCAAAUGAAAAACAAGACGGGAGCAAUUUCACCUGCGUCUGCCUUGCUGGUUAUACUGGAGAGCUGUGCCAAUCCAAGAUUGAUUACUGUAUCCUAGACCCAUGCAGAAAUGCAGCAACAUGCAUUUCUAGUCUCAGUGGAUUCACCUGCCAGUGUCCAGAAGGGUACUUCGGAUCGGCCUGCGAAGAAAAGCUGGACCCGUGCGCCUCGUCACCGUGUCAGAACAACGGCACCUGCCACGCGGACGGCGUGCACUUCACCUGCAGUUGCAGCGCGGGCUUCACGGGGCCCACGUGCGCCCAGCUGGUGGACUUCUGUGCUCUCAGCCCCUGCGCGCACGGCACCUGCCGCAGCGUGGGCACCAGCUACAAAUGCCUCUGUGACCCAGGUUACCACGGCCUCUACUGCGAGGAGGAAUACAACGAGUGUCUGUCUGCUCCGUGCCUGAACGCAGCCACCUGCAGGGACCUCGUUAAUGGCUACGAGUGCGUGUGUCUGGCCGAGUACAAAGGAAUCCACUGCGAGUCUUACAAGGACCCCUGUGCUAAUGUCAGCUGUCUGAACGGAGGCACCUGUGACAGUGAGGGCCUGAAUGGUACAUGUGUCUGCGCACCAGGGUUUACAGGUGAAGAGUGUGACAUCGACAUAAAUGAAUGUGACAGUAACCCCUGCCACCAUGCUGGCACUUGCCUGGACCAGCCCAACGGUUAUACCUGCCACUGCCCACACGGCUGGGUGGGUGCAAACUGCGAGAUCCACCUGCAGUGGAAGUCCGGUCACAUGGCGGAGAGCCUCACCAACAUGCCCCGGCACUCCCUCUACAUCAUCAUCGGGGCCCUCUGCGUCGCCUUCAUCCUGAUGCUCAUCAUCCUCAUCGUGGGCAUUUGCCGCAUCAGCCGCAUCGAGUACCAGGGCUCUUCCCGGCCAGCCUACGAGGAGUUCUAUAACUGCCGCAGCAUCGACAGCGAGUUCAGCAAUGCCAUCGCCUCCAUCCGGCACGCCAGGUUUGGAAAGAAAUCCCGGCCUGCGAUGUAUGAUGUGACCCCCAUCGCCUAUGAGGAUUACAGCCCCGAUGACAAGCCCCUGGUCACACUGAUUAAAACAAAAGAUUUGUAAUCUCUUUUGGGGGGGAAUUAUUUUUCAAAAAAGAUGGGCUACCACCCUCAUUUAAAUAUUUUUAAGAAAAUAAAAAGCUUAAAUUUGAAAUGGUAGCUGCUCAAGAGUUUUCGGUAGACUAUCGAAGAACUAAUUUUCUGCAGCUUUUAGUUUGGAAAAAAUAUUUUAAAAACGAAAUUUGUGAAACCCAUAGACUACGUUUUAAUGUACUUUCCGCUCUUUAAACUGUAUGCUUCGACUAGUGCGUGCUUCUCCCACGGGGGACACCGUCAUGAAACCCAGAUGGUGUUUCAUGAAGUUUCUAUGUGACUUGUGAGUGCCAGCUUUCUGAGUAGUUAGGAAACACAUGUAGAGUAUGACCCAUAUAACAGUAUAGCCGUCACCUAAAAAGAAGUCUGAAAUGUUUGUUUCGUGAAAAAGAAACUAGUUACAUUUAUUAUUCCUAACCCGAAUGAAAUUAGCCUUUGCCUUAUUCUGUGCAUGGGUAAGUAAAUUAUUUCUGCACCGUUUUGUUGAACCUUGCAGAAAUGUUCCUUUGAGUUUGUUUUUGUCACUUUCGUAACGGUGGCCGAGCUAGGCCUUGAAAACCAUGCAUAGGGAAAGGGCCUGGUGAGGCAAAUUAUGAUCGCAUCGAAUCUAUAUUUUCUUUAAAAAGUCAAGGUUUUUAUAUCGUGAGUAAAUUAAAUUUACGUUGGAGUUGUUUGUUGCUAAGAGGUAGUCAAUAUAAGAGAGUACUAGUUCCUUCGUAGUGUGUAUUCCUCAUAAUGCAUCUUUAUUUACAUCCAGGACAUGUCCGUGGCUGUAUUGGAUUGAUAUGUGCUUCUUCUGAUUCUUGCUAAUUUCAAAGAAUAUUGAAUAAAUGUUACCAAGUCCAGGA